AUGGCUCAGGAGACACCCCCGGCCAGAGGUUGCAAGCUGCCCAGGUCCAGAUCCAGAUCCAGGGGCAGGAGGGAGGGCAAGAGCCGCAGCGUCCGCUCCAACCUGCUGCCCGGCGGGGCGAAGGCAGGUGACCAGCCGGGCCGGCUGCACGCCAGCAACCGCCUCAAGACCACCAAGUACACGCUGCUCUCCUUCCUGCCCAAGAACCUCUUCGAGCAGUUCCACCGCUUCGCCAAUGUCUACUUCGUCUUCAUCGCCCUGCUGAACUUCGUGCCCAUCGUCGGUGCCUUCCAGCCCGAGCUGGCCCUGGCCCCUGUGGUCUUCAUCCUGGCUGUGACCGCACUGAAGGAUCUGUGGGAGGACUACAGGAGGUACAGGUCUGACCAGGAGAUCAACCACAUGGACUGCCUCGUCUACUGCAGGGAUGAGAAAAAGUAUGUUGAAAAAUACUGGAAAGAAGUUCAAGUUGGGGAUUUUGUUCGCCUGCGAUGCAAUGAAAUCAUUCCUGCUGAUAUCCUGCUGCUGUACUCCAGUGAUCCUGACGGACUGUGCCAUAUUGAGACUGCCAAUUUGGAUGGAGAGACCAAUCUCAAGCAGCGACAGGUUAUUAAGGGUUUCACUGAGCUGGAGACAGAAUUUGACCCCAUGAAGUUUAACAGUGUGAUAGAAUGUGAAAAGCCACACAACGACCUGAACAGAUUUCGAGGAUAUAUAGUAUACAAAAAUGAAAAGAGAGCUGGACUUUCUAAAGACAACCUUUUACUUCGAGGCUGCACGAUCAGAAAUACGGAAGAAGUUGUGGGGAUUGUAAUCUAUGCAGGCCAUGAGACUAAAGCUAUGUUAAAUAACAAUGGACCACGCUACAAACGCAGCAAGCUGGAGAGACAAAUGAAUGUAGAUGUCUUCUGGUGUGUGAUCAUACUUUUUGUGAUGUGCCUUUUUUCAGCCAUUGGCCACGGUCUCUGGGUAGCUCAGUACGGUGAUCAGCGACCAGUGUUUGACGUUUUCAGCAGCGAUGGCACCUCCUUAUCUCCUGCUUUAUCUGGAUUAUACUUGUUCUUUACGAUGAUAAUUGUCCUGCAGGUGUUGAUUCCGAUCUCACUCUACGUUUCCAUUGAGAUCAUUAAAAUCUGCCAAGUAUUUUUCAUCCAUCAAGACACAGAUCUAUAUGAUGAAGAGACAGACUCUCGGCUACAAUGCCGAGCACUGAACAUCACAGAAGAUCUGGGGCAAAUACAGUAUAUUUUCUCUGACAAAACUGGCACACUGACGGAAAAUAAAAUGGUGUUCAGACGAUGUACUGUGGCAGGGGUUGAGUAUUCUCACGAUGCUAAUGCAAAGAGAUUGGCCAUGUACCAAGAGCCUGACUCAGAGGAUGAGGAAUGUACAUCUAAAUCGGGAGCUAUACCAAGGUGUGAUAGCACAUCCAGUCACCAGAGUGCCAAAAUUGUUCACCGUACGCAAAGCACUAAAUCUCAUCGGCGGACUGGCAGUAGGGCAGAGGCUAAGAGGGCCAGCAUUCUCUCCAAACACACUGCUUUCAGCAGCCCUAUGGAAAAAGACAUCACGCCUGAUCCUCAACUAUUGGAAAAGGUGAAUGAAUGUGCUGGCCAGCUGGAAGCUUUGAGACAACAUGGCCAACCGUUAAGCCACUUGACCCCUGAAUUAUCUGACAUCAUUGACUUUUUCAUAGCACUGACUGUUUGCAACACCGUGGUAGUUUCAUCUCCAAAUCAGCCACGACACAAGGUUCGAGUCCGCUUUGAGCUGAAGUCUCCAGUCAAGACGUUAGAAGAUUUCAUCAAAAGGUUUACCCCCAGUCGCCUGACCUCGGGCUCUAACAGCAGCAGUUCAUCCAGUAUUUCUACAAGUAAAUCACUGUAUAGAGUCUCGUCCAGUGCCAUACCCUCUCCUUCUGGAGAAGUUACCUUACUGAAGAUGGGUGAAGAGCUUGGCAGAUCUCCGCAGAGGGAUAAGGGUGAAAAUUUCUUUCAGCCAGGCAUGGUACGAGACAAUGGGAAAGAUGGCGAGCUCCGCUAUGAGGCUGAGAGUCCAGACGAGGCUGCCCUUGUUUAUGCAGCCAGGGCCUACAACUGUGCACUGGUUGAAAGGUUGCCAGAGCAGGUGACCGUGGAGUUGCCCCAUGUGGGAAAGUUGACCUUUGAACUCUUGCACAUCUUGGGGUUUGAUUCUACCAGAAAGCGGAUGUCUGUUGUGGUGAGGCACCCGCUGACCGAUGAGAUUGUUGUUUAUACCAAAGGAGCAGAUUCUGUCAUUAUGGACCUCCUUCAGCAGCCUUCCACAGAGAACAGCACCAGCAAACGCAGGAGGAAAAUCCGGAACAAAACGCAGAAUUACCUAAACCAGUACGCCACAGAUGGACUCCGGACACUCUGUAUAGCCAAGAGGGUCUUGCGUAAGGAAGAAUAUGCGCGAUGGCUGGAAAAUCACUUGGAGGCAGAGUCUUCGGUUGAAAGUAGGGAUGAGUUGCUGUUCCAGUCAGCAGUGCAACUGGAGACUGACCUUCAGCUGUUAGGCGCAACUGGCAUCGAAGACCGUCUGCAGGAUGGGGUCCCAGAAACGAUAGCAAAUUUGCGAAAAGCUGCUUUACAGAUCUGGGUUCUCACUGGGGACAAACAGGAAACAGCAAUCAACAUUGCUUACUCCUGCAAACUCCUCGGUCACGAUGAGGAGAUCCUCACCUUGAAUGCGGAAUCUCAGGAGGCCUGCACUGCUUUGCUGGAGCAGUGUUUGAACUACAUUAAAUCAAAGAGUCCUCAGAACAAACGUUUCAGUGUUGCUGAAAAUCCAUCGGUUGACUUUAUUGCUUCAAAUGGGACUUCAGUGACCUCACCCACUCUGCGACCCAACUUCAGCUUGGUAAUCGAUGGAAAGACUCUGAGCUUUGCAUUGGAAAAGACACUGGAGGACAAGUUUCUUGCAUUAGCACAAAGUUGCCGCUCAGUGUUGUGCUGCCGUUCCACUCCACUACAAAAAAGUAUGGUGGUUAAACUGGUCCGGGAUAAGCUAAAAGUAAUGACCUUGGCAAUAGGAGAUGGGGCUAAUGAUGUGAGCAUGAUCCAGGUUGCUGAUGUUGGAGUGGGAAUCUCUGGCCAGGAAGGGAUGCAGGCAGUAAUGGCAAGUGACUUUGCCAUCGCACGGUUCCGACAUUUACAGAAACUCUUGCUGGUUCACGGUCAUUGGUGUUACUCCAGGCUUGCCAACAUGGUGCUAUAUUUUUUCUAUAAAAAUGCAAUGUUUGUUGCCCUUCUUUUCUGGUAUCAAUUCUUCUGUGGAUUCUCAGGAUCAGCAAUGAUAGACCAGUGGUACCUUAUCUUCUUUAACCUUCUGUUUUCUUCGAUCCCUCAACUCAUCACUGGAAUACUAGAUAAAGAUGUUUCAGCAGAAACCCUGGUAGCCUUACCUCAACUUUACAAAAGUGGACAACAUUCUGAGGAAUAUAAGCCAUACAUGUUCUGGAUGAAUAUGAUUGAUGCUCUGUACCAAAGUCUGAUCUGCUUCUUCUUCCCAUAUUGGGCCUACCAAGAUUCUGAUGUUGAUGUUUUUACUUGGGGAACACCCAUCACCACGCUGGCUCUAUUCACUAUCUUAAUGCACUUGUGCAUUGAAACGAAAACCUGGACUUGGAUGCAUGUUGUCUCCAUUACUUUCAGCAUCCUCCUGUUCUUCACUGUUGCAUUAAGUUAUAAUGCAACCUGUCCUACCUGCUACCCUCCAUCCAAUCCCUACUGGACUAUGCAGAAGUUGAUGGCCGAUCCAAAGUUCUAUCUGAUAUGUAUCCUUACACCAGUGGCAGCCUUGCUACCUAGGUACUUGUACCGAAUCUUUCAAGGUACCUUGUUCCCCACUCCGAUCCAGCGAGGUCGCCAGCUGGACAGACUCCAUCCUGUGGCUUGUAGUCAUGUUAAUAAAUGGAAUGCCCAAGUCAGUUGGUCAGCCACACCGAAACCUGACUUGGUGAUGCCGCUUUCGAAGGACUCCGGGAUUGGGGCUGAUGAAUCCUCAUCCAGCACUAGCCAAAAUGUCCCCUUGGAUACAAACCAAAUCUCUAAUGGACCAUUAAAUAAACAACAGACACCUGAGUUACGAGAAACCAGUUUACCGACAAUGGAGCUGGCAGAAGGUGCAAAAUACUCCCUUCCAAAUGGUAACUCAUCAUCUGUUUCCAUCCGAAAUGCACAGUCGCACUUGCAUGAACUUCAGAGGUCUGAGUUAGCGACAGACUUGCCUUUCACAGAGGGUGGAGUUCGAUUGAACGCUCGUUCUGGAGUGGACCCAUCAAAUAUACACUUACUAAACUGGAGGACACCAACGCCAUCUACUAAUGACAAGAUGUGUUUUUUCCAUUCCUCGUCACAUUGCAGUUUACAGACACAGACAGUGAGAGGUGAAAGAUGUGUGCCAGGUAAUAUAGAGCUGGAGGCUAUGAAACUUUCUGAAGAAGUGUUUCCAGGCACUUCCCACAUCUCAACCCGCCUAAUUCCAAGAAACUCAUUGCAGGAGAGUUCUCUGGAAAUGACUCCAUUGUGACCGAGAGCUGGCCGUAUAACGUGCCUUUCUCUUAAAUUUUGCACAGUUUCAGAUUUUAGUCUUUCUUUUAAAAUUUUAUAUUUAAAUAUUAGAUCAUCUUUUUGUGAAUCCUAAAUAAGAGCAAAGUGAUGUAUUUUGUAAUUUGCACAUGUGGAAUUUAGAAAAGGUUGUGCAGAAUUUAAUAUAUAACUAUCUGAAAUAGUGCAGUUACCAAAAAUGCAACUUGCAUUACCAAGUCAAGUGAACGGUUCUGUAUGUCCUAUCUAAACAUUGUGCCUAAACAAAUCUUUGCAUCCCAUCUCGUUCUCCUCUUCCCAACCUUGAGGGGGACAAAUAGCUGAAAACUUAGACAGCUCUUGAGGUUACCCUUUUUUUUUGUCUUUGUAUUGUUUAUGCUUCAAUGACCAAAGGGAAGAUGUUUACUAUGUCAGUGAUAUCAGAAGCAUAUUAUGACACACAAUGUCGUAUAGGUUAUGUCAUAUAAACUAUAUUAUGAAGUCUGAAACCUGCCAGGAACAGAUACUCUGUUCGAAAAGGGCCCACUAUAUAUGUUAUAUAUGAUAAUGCAUACACAAAACCCUAAAUCUGAUAUGUGUGUAUGCAUGUACGUGUAUCAACUGUUUGUAUGUCCAAAUUUAUAAUGGAAACCGCCUUUUGCAAACUUGUCACGCUGUAAUUACUUCUUUCACUCCUCCACUGCAGUUGCAGCAGUGCCAUCUCUUGAGGCUGUAAUUACAGCAUAAGAAGUUUACAUAAGAACAGGAGUAGGCCAUUUAGCUCCUCAGGCCUGUUCUGCUAACCCAUGAGAUCAUGGCUGAUCUGUAUUCUAGCUCCAUCCACCUGCCUUGGCUCUUUAAUGUCCAUAAUAUCCAUUUAUCCACCUUGGCUACCAAAAAUCUGCCAGUCUCUGAUUUGAGACUGUUAAUUGAGCCAUCACCUGUGUUGCAUGGGAGAGAUUUCCACCUUUUGCACAGAGAGCUAUUUCCUAACUUCUCUCCUGAAUGGCCUGUCUCUGACUUUAAAUUUAAGCCUCUUGCCUGAGGCUCCUCCACCAGUAGGAAAAAGCUCCCUUCUAUUCACACUAGCCACAAAGGCCUUUCCAUUAUAGAUGUGGACAUAGGUAUUUAUAAUGGAAAAAUAAGCACAGAAGUUAUGAUCUUCAAACUGAGGACUCUAUUAAGUCUACAGGCUCAGCUCUCAUAAUUAUCAGCCACUAAUCUAGCUUUGCCUGAAGACUGCACUCGGCCUUGAUACUCAUGUUCAAGAGAAAUCAACUGAUUAGAAUGUACAGUCGAGAAUAGACCAUUCUGCCCAUCUGGUUCAUACGGGUGUCACAAGCCCCCAUUAUCUAACCCUAACAGCAAAACCUAUUGCCUUAUCUCCCCCAGGUGUUUAUCUAGCAUUCCCUUAAAUGCAACCAGUGUCAAAUUUUCUUUUUCUAGAAGGACCAUCUUUAUUUUUUAAAAAAAGAUAACAAUGAAGGAUAUUAUUUUCAUCUGCCUUAAAUGUCUGGGUUAGCCUUGGAGUCUGGUUGCAGAGGGAGAUGGGGUGAAGAUAAGGAGAAGGGGAAGGGGAUCAAGAUGUGAAAAAUUCCCAAUCUGUCUGUAAUAAUUCCCAGGAGAUAAGAGGACUGGCAGGUUUCAACUGGAGAAGAGAAGGUAAGAAAAAGCUUAAAACUUAAAAAACACUCAAUCCCUAUCAGAUGGAAGGCUUUAAUUUUUUCCAUGUGCCACCAAAACUGGACUAUGUCUUGAAUUUUCUUUCUCCUCCUCAUACGAACACUAGCCCCCCCCCCCCCACCACCCUCAAAAAGAUCUGCAUCCAUGAUGCAGCAGAGCAAUCCCUUUGGAAACCAAUGCUGGUGAGAUUGAUGGAAAACAGCGAAUUGCUACCUGGUUAAUUGUGAGAUACACAAUGAGGCAACAAAGAUAUGAUUUAUAACUGGUGAUGUGUGAGCAACAUAGUCACAAGUGAUGAUCGGUGUAAGUGGGAAGUUGAUUGUACCCCACAGCUCUUCUCAUGCAUUCUGUUUAUAUGCAUGCUGGAUUAAUAAAUUACCUUGAAAUUAUA